ACUUAAGCUAGGUUUGCCAAAUUCAUUACCUAAACUCAUCUUUUUAGAUUCUCAAUUCAAUUUCAAUGGUGGAUUCAUCGCCACGACGAACUUCCGGCGGCGGUGGUGGUGGUGGUUGCCGUACUAGAUUUCAUUCUCCGGCAUCAUCAUCGCAAUCGGCUUUUGCUUCAUCUAGUUCAACUUUUCUCUCUCAAUCAACACCGUUCUUACACAGAUCUGCUUCACCUACGCGUGUUAAUCUAAUCAGUUCUCCUGCUGCGAUCAGAUUUUCGUCAAUUUCUCCAAGGCGAUCGAUCGCGGUUUCUCCGGUUUCGUCUCCAGCGAAUGUUCAGAAGAGGACGUGUAUGUGUUCACCGACUACUCAUCCUGGCUCAUUUCGUUGCGGUUUACAUAAGAAUCAGAAUAAACAACAACAACAACGUCAGUUAGCUCCUUAUCCGUCGAAUCGAUUGAAUGCUCGUAGAUCGGCGAUGACGAAUUCUUUGGUACGUAUAGGGACUGUUGAAGGUGAUCUAGUGAAAAGAGCUUUAGCUGCGCUUAUUCGACCUUCAUCGCAUCAACAACGACGGCGAGGUAGCUUUAAACCGCGACUGAGUCGUCUCUCUGUUAUGUCAAAAGCAGAUGAUCUGUAAUAACCGUUUUUGUAUCACCGGCGAACUGUUCUGUUACCGGAAUAAUGGAGUUUCUUAGCUGGAAAUGAAUGGUGUUUAGAAUAAAAAGGUGGAGGCCAAGCCGGGACCGUCUCGAUGUUUCUGGACAGGUUUGACAAGUCGAGGAUGAGGACCCAGUUUUCAACCCUCUAACCCAAUUUGUCUUGGAUUUUUCUCGGGUUUUGUUUGAUCGGUAGUUGAUCGAGACGAAAAUAUAGAAUGACGUUGAAUUUAAAACUCUUAAAAUUU